AGAGAAGAUCAAAGCGAAGAAGGAAGUUGCUCCCGUCAUAAGCGAUCCUUUCUCUGAACGGGAGCAGCAUCUCGUACUCCACAAGUCAUCUGUAGUAAAUGGAAGGACGUAUCCUGUCUGGUCCGAGUAUGGGCUGUCGCAGUUGGUAGACUUGGCCCAGCCCGAUCUGUCAGACGAACAGAUCAGGCAAUCAGCAUCAUGGCGGAACCCUGCGGCUGAGGGUGACGCGAUCUGCACUUCCGCAGAUUUCCUGCUUCCUGAGGACGUCUCGCAGCAUACCGUAUCCGAUUGUUCGGUCUGCGCGUCGAUAGUUGUAUGCAUUGCUCAUAACAGAGCAUUCAGCACGAAGCUCGGACUUUCCUCUUUGUACCCUCAAGAUAACGCCGGGCUACCAGUGGCAACAAGGGAAGGCACCCAUGCCGUCCGGAUUUUGUUUAACGGGAUAUUCCGGCGAGUUGACAUCGACUCCAGCCUCCCUUGCCACUCGGACGGUCCGAUGUGCAUAUCCACUGGACAAAAACGCGAAAUAUGGCCGGCACUUCUUGAAAAAGCUUACAUGAAGCUCAUGGGGGGCUAUGAGUUUCCAGGAUCACUCUCAAGCACAGAUCUAUAUACACUGGUUGGAUGGAUACCCGAACACGUAGAUAUCGCAAGCCCUCACUUCGAGCGGGAGAAGACAUGGAGCAGACUAUCCAGUGCAUUUCUAGAAGGACGGUGCAUGCUCACUCUUGGUACCGGGUCAGAACUCCGUAACGGUGCUGUCGAGACUAUGGCAUUGCUCCCUGCGCACUCGUAUGCUGUCAUAGAUAUUACGGACAAUGAGGAUGACCGCACGCUGGUUAUCCUUGAUCCAUGGAAGGACUCUGCCGCGCCUCCCGACAUAGAUACCCAGACUGCACAGGAAAUGAUCAAGCUUUCGCUCGACGACAGCGGCAACGACACUUCACGCAUCUUCCGAGUCCCAUGGGACACAGUCUGCACCGUAUUUGACGGCGUUUAUCUCAGCUGGGACCCCAAGAUAUUCUCUCAUCAACUCAGUUUUCACGGGGCCUGGAGGAAAGAUGCGUCGACGCAGGGAGCGCUUCGUAUGCAUACGCGUUCCACAGUUGACAUAAUCCUGACCUCAGCUCUAGCUUCGCAUAUUCAGCUAGGCCUCCGCGUCUCCAGAGAUGAGCUGGGGACCAGAGAAACGGAGGUAUGGCUCUUACUCACUCGCCAUGUCGUCGAUACGAAGCGAAGUGGGGAGUUUAUCUCGUUUUCUGUCCAUGACCAAGGAAGUACGAGCUUGGAAGUCCUGAAGGGCGAAUAUACGAACAACACUCAGGUGUUGGUUCGUGUGCUGGUAUCAGACCCUAGUCUGUCUCUUGUAGCCUCGUAUGACGGCCCAUACGACGACGUUGGAUUCACCGUCAUGGUGUAUUCCUCUUUUCCUGUUUCCUGGAAUACCGAGAUGAAUGUCCUUGCGUAUAGUGAGAAGGUAGCUGGUGCCUUCACGAGCAAGAAUGCAGGCGGAAAUCCUUCGCUCCCAUCUUUCAUGGUCAACCCGCAGUACCAUCUGCGGAUACAUGCGGAUUAUACUGCGCCAAGAGCUGGAAGAGGCAAGAAGGUGCAGAUCAAGCUGUCGCUCCAAGGAGAGAGGCGCAUCCCGUUGAAUAUCCUGGCCAUAUGGUCUCAAGGUCAACGGGUUACUGAUUUCGCUCAGAGCGACGUCGCUAUCAGCUCUGGGGCUUACACCUAUGGUCAUGCGUUUGCGACGAAAGAGGUUCUAGCCGGAGACUAUACCAUGGUCGUCUCUGCAUUUGAUAAUCGACACCUAGGCACAUUUGCGUUCAACAUCGACUGCAGUACUCGGUUUGAUUUAAAGCCAAUACCACAAGAGGGCGCGGGCAUGUUCAGCAAGGUGAUACGCGGAGAAUGGACGACAGAAACAGCCGCAGGCGCGCCGAAAUUUGAACGCUACAAGCAUAACCCCAUCCAUGAACUGAAGCUCCCCUCUCAGUCUCAGGUGCUCAUUCGACUGCAGCUAGCCAAUCCCGGGAUCAUUAUCUCGCUCAAUGUGACGCUAUUCCUGUUAACCAGCGCAAAGUCCCUCGGAUCGCUGGUGGCAACGUCGGGUCCGUACGCCGACUCGGUCUGCGGGGUCGUACUUGGCCCGAUCACCGCUCAAGCUGGCUCGUAUGCAAUCGUGCCGUCCACAUUCAACCCAGGUGUUUGCACGUCAUUCAGGCUGCUUGUAUUCACCUCGUCGUCUGGCACCAGUAUUGCUUCCGUCACGGUGUGUAGGUAGCAUACAUUAUUGUACGGUACCAACGGUGCAAUGUACAUGGUGAAUCGGCUUCUCCUGCUUUUAAGAGAUGC